CUUAUAAGAGCAACAAAGCUUUUCUCAGUGAAAAUCCUGAGGAGCAAAGAGCCGGUCAGUGCCGCAAAUUGAGAAUUUCGACUUUUUUCUGAAUCAAGUUCCUUAAUUGCUUUCGACAAUGUGUGGAAUAUGGGCCGUUUUUGGAAUCUCCCCGGAGAAAAUCCGACACCACGAGACGUCUGCGAAAAUUUCCCACAGAGGACCGGACGCGUGGAGGAUUGAGUACGACAACAGACUAAAAAACGGUUGUUUGUGCUUCCACCGACUAGCGAUUGUGGAUGAGCUGAGCGGCAUGCAGCCGAUGAAGAGAAUCUUCAACCCUCAUCUGACCCUCCUCUGCAACGGGGAAUUGUACAACUGCGAAAGACUGAGCGAAGAGUUUGGCUUCAAGUACGAGAGCCACUGCGAUGUCGAGUGCAUCAUGCACUUGUACGACAAAUUCGGCGCCGACCGCACGGCCAGCAUGCUGGACGGCGUGUUCGGCUUCUGCUUGGUGGACGCCAAGAAGCGGCGCAUCCUCAUCGCCAGGGACGCGUAUGGGGUGCGACCUUUGUUCAGGCUCACCGGGCCUGGCGGCGUCCUCGGCAUCUGCUCCGAAGCCAAAGGGUUGAUUCACUUGGUGGACGGCCCCGAGUACAAGCUCGACCCUUUCCCGCCCGGAACUUUUGAAGAGUACGAGUUGGACCUCGAGGGAAGGGCCACCCUGAUCAGACAGCAGAAGUACUACACCAUCGGAGACAAGCCUGCCUACCGAAUGGCUGUUUUGGAAAAAGACUACUCUGAUGACAUCUACGCCAACAUCAGGACGGUGUUCACUGCAGCAGUGAAAAAGCGGCUGAUGGCUGAUCGCAGGAUCGGCUGUCUUCUGUCAGGAGGACUGGACUCGAGUCUUGUGGCCGCCCUGCUGGUUAAACUGGCCAACGAGGCCAACUUGCCUUACAAAGUGCAGACCUUCUCCAUCGGCAUGGGCGACGAGAGUCCCGACCUGGUGGCGGCGCGCAAGGUCGCGGCCCACAUUGGCAGCGAGCACCACGAGGUGGUCUUCUCCGAGAAGGACGUGGAAGACGUCCUGAAAGACGUGCUGUACCACCUCGAGAUUGCGGACAUCACCACCCUGAGGGCCUCCAUCCCCAUGUUCCUGCUGGCGAGGUACAUCAAGCAGAAGACCGACUCGACCGUCAUCUUCAGCGGAGAGGGCGCCGACGAGGUUGCUCAGGGUUACAUCUACUUCAGGGACGCUCCUUCCGAGGAGGAGGGCCACAAGGAGAGUCUGCGUCUCCUGAACGAAUUGUACCUUUACGACGUUCUCAGGACGGACAGGACCACCGCCGCUCACAGUUUGGAGGUGAGGGUGCCAUUCCUGGACCACCAGUUCUCAAGUUACUACCUGAACCUGCCGAAGAAGCUGCUCCAGCCGCAGGACAACGUUGAGAAGUACGUUCUGCGGAAGGCCUUCGACGGGCUUGACCUGCUGCCCAAGGACAUCCUGUGGCGCCACAAGGAGGCUUUCAGCGAUGGCGUCGCUUCCAAGAAGAAGCCGAUUUUCAAGAUCCUGCAGGAAACCAUCGAGCCCCUCGUGCCGAAUGAAGCGCUGGCCGAGGCAGAGAAACGGUUCCCUCAGUGCACGCCGAAAACCAAAGAGGCCCUUUUCUACAGGCAAGAGUUUGACUCCAACUACCCUGGCCAGGGCCACUGGUUGCCCCACUUCUGGAUGCCCCGCUGGAGCGACGCCACCGACCCCUCAGCCCAGUUUAUCAGCCACUACGCAGCUGAAUAAAUUGGAUCUGAAGUGCCGUUUUUAAUCCAUUUUAGUUAUUUUGGCGAGUUAGAAAAAUCACCAACAGACUAAUUAGGCGAAAAUCUGGUGUUUAUGAUCGAAGUGAGCACAAUUUUCAUCUGCAGAGUAUUUUAUUUAUUAAUUUGAAAAGACUGCAAUAAUCGAGCUAUAUUAUUUUAAUAAAAAAUCCUUUUUGUGUGAAGGAUUGCAAUUGAUGUUUUGUUAUAAAAGCAAAAUCAAAAUUAGGAGCUAUAGAGGUAUAUUGAAUAUCAAACAGAUACUGAAGAUUUAUUUAACACAUUCAAAACUAUAUAAAUUUUGUUGAAAUGGAUUCAAAAAGGCUUGCGAAUGCUUAAAUAAAACGUUUGGUGAACCAAAAA